AUGGGCUUAUUUUACUAUACGUGUUCCGUGUCUUUCUUGGCUGCUUGCAGGUUUCACUGGAAACGCCAGCCUCGCCAGUCUGAUGUGGUAGAGGAGAGCAAGAGGAGGAGGAAGACAAGGAUGAGGUUGGAGCGGUCCUUGCCUCUGCUGGGACUCCUGCUGUGCGUGGUUGGCACCGCAGCUCAGCAGGAAUUCCUGGUGGAGAUUUCUGGAACCACGGUGACAAUCACGUGUCCCUUGACUGAAGGCAGCAUAACCUGGAACCCAGCUAGGGCAACAGCAACCGACGAUGAGAGGAAGUACGUUAUAGAGAAUCAUGACAGCACUCCUGCCAACGUGAGUUGUUCGUCAGGUGAUAACACGUAUCACAUCUACCUGAAUGCCAGAGUGUGCACAAACUGUGAGGAGCUGGACGCCUUGGCAGUGACAGGGAUCAUCACUGCGGAUCUUCUCAUCACCUUCGGGGUGCUGAUUCUGGUCUAUUACUUCAGCAAAGACAGGAAGGGGAGAGCGAGUCCUAGUGCUGGCAGUCGGCCUCGAGGUCAGAAGGUGCAGCGUCCUCCCCCUGUUCCAAACCCGGACUACGAGCCCAUCCGGAAAGGCCAGCGGGAAGUGUAUGCAGGCCUGGAAUCCAGGGGCUUCUGAAAUUCCCAUGGAUGACAGGCUGGAAAGCAGCAGCAGAGGGCUAAGCGCUUCUGCCCGUCUCGGCACCGGUUCUGCUGGGGCUCAGGCGUUUUGGGGUAAGCCAGGCGGCUACACAGGACAGGCACCCUGCUGCCAUCCGCUGUCCCACCCUGAUGUGUUACUUCACCCUUCGAUUUGACAUUAGGGAAAAGAAACAAAUGAGUGCAUUGUCAAGAGAAGUUUUCCUUCUCAUUAAAGGACUGCAGCCUCACCCAUGGCUCCUGGCCUCCUUUUCCCUCACACUUCUCUCUCUGCUCCAGUUGCCUGCCUAUUUAAGUGCCUCCCAUUUAAUUUCCACCCUGACUGCCUCCACUUUCUCCCCGUGCCUCCCUGGGUAGGUAGUGGGCAAAGAGUGGGUCCUUCUCAGAGUGACUGGCCUCUAAGCUUGUCCUGCUGUCACGUUAAUAGCCUAUCUUGAUUUUGCUGCCCAGCAUUGUAAUGAAAAGAACUGAGGCAGACAGCGUAUUAAAAGCAAAAUGGUACAUUUUCAUAAAAAAGCCACUCCUUUGAAUUAAAAUGUUUCAGUCAAAAAAAACAGUUUUCUUUAAAAAGAAAGAAGCCCUUCUACCAGCGCAUGCAGACUGACCUGCCCAUCCUCCAGCCCUUUUUCUGUAGGAAAUGAGUGGGGCUCUGUACCACUUUGCAUCCACCGACCAUCACGUUUCAGACCUUCGGCAGAACACUUUCAGAGCGACACAUGAGGAUUUGGCACCUUCCCAAUCCAUCUGAAAGUCUCCUAUUAGGAAAUUUAAGCGCUUAGGUUAAAUCUUUGUUGCUAUUAAAUAGUGGGGCUCUUAGGUAUUUCAGCUAAGAUUUGAACCCCCACUUAGUAAUGAGUGCAGUCUGACUGAGACAGCACAACGGGGAUUUUCAUGUUUCCCAGAGUGGAACCGAGACCCUUUGGCUCAGGCCUGGGAAUAGCACUCUGCUCUGAAACAGCUUCUUCACUGCAAUUGAAAUGAAUGCUCUGGGGCCACAGUGAUAAAGACCAGGACCUACAAAAUCCAAGAGAGCAUCAAACCCUUUUGCUAGCUGUCCUCCUCAUUCCAGAGGCUUCAUGGAAUCCUUUUUUACUGAUAUUCUAUAGUGCAGUCUAGGAUAAACACAUUUAUUUGAGUGUGUUGUACCCUAAGGGGUGUACAUUUGCUGGCAGAGUGCCAUUUUCCAGAACCAUUGCUCUUAGAGAUUCUUGUGAUUUGUCCUUUGCUGCUGCCCUUUCUCUCCCCAUUUCAGCUCUGUAACUUGAGUUCUGCCUGGGUUCUGUUAGAAAGAUGGCGGGCUUCUUUCCUGUUGGUAAAGAUCCAUUUUAACUUCUGUACAUACAUUUAAGAACUGUAAUAUAUUAAUAAAACGCAGACAGCACCAC